UUGAAUGAAGCUAAGACAAAGCUGCUAGAGAUGUUGGAAAAAAAUAACGCUUGGAACCCUUCUCUGGCUGCUGCACUUGGCUCAAAUCAACCAAAUCCAAACACUCAGCACUCCAGCAUGGUUGAGGGCGAAGCUUCUUCCGACGUUCAUGUCCUUUCCGCCCAGGUUCACAUUUCUUUGGCUGGAGAGAAACACAUGAGAAUUUCUUGGGUCACUGAUGAUAAAUCUUUUCCAUCGUUGGUUGAAUAUGGAACGUUCCCUGGGAAGUACACAGAAUCAUCUGAACCAGAGUUUCAGUUUAAGACCCCUCCUUCUAAAUUCCCAUUAACUUUUGCUGUAGUUGGUGAUCUUGGUCAGACUGAUUGGACUGCAUCCACACUAUCGCACAUCAAUGAUUGCCAAUAUGAUUUGCAUUUGCUCCCAGGGGACCUUUCCUAUGCUGAUUAUCUACAACACUUGUGGGAUUCCUUUGGUGAGCUGAUACAACCAUAUGCAAGUGCUAGGUCGUGGAUGGUAACAGAAGGGAACCAUGAGAUGGAGAGUAUUCCAUUUAUUAAAUCUCCAUUCCAGUCAUACAAUGCAAGGUGGAAAAUGACUUAUGCAGAGAGCGGCUCCACUUCAAAUCUCUAUUAUUCUUUUGAAGUUGCAGGUGUCCAUGUGAUUAUGCUUGGCUCUUAUACAGAUUAUGGUGAAUAUUCUGACCAGUAUGCUUGGCUAAAGGCUGAAUUUGAAUGCCCAUAUUGGUUUCCUACUAAAGUGCAGAAGACGGAUGUUGUGAAUGCUGAUUAACUUGAGUACAACGAUCGGGUGGAUGAUUCAGUCUCCAAGCACCAGGUAAUCCGUCUCUUGUUUGCAUAUGAUUCCCGACUGACAUUCCGCCUAUCUGGAACUGGCUCAGAAGGUGCCACAAUUAGGCUCUACUUGAGCAGUAUGUGAAUGAUUCUUCAAGGCUUCGAGGGACUCACAGGAAGCCUCUUCAUGUACUAAUUUGGAAGCCUGCAUUCAAAGUCUUCGAUCCCGGAAUUUUGUUUGCCACCUUACCUCCCUUCUAAUUAGCAAGCCUCGAACGGAGUCGAGCUCUUUUUAUGCAAGGGGAGAAUGAUGUAGGAACAUCAUAGCUUUUAUUGUGCUUAGGGACUAGUUUACCUUCCUUGCUCAAGAGACUUCUAUUUUCCUCUUUAAAUAGGUCCAAUGUAAGGUUUUGAGGAUUAUUGAAUGAUAUUAUACCCAUUAGAAAGCUUUGAAA